AUGCUGUUAAAAAAGGAAGUCUAUCUUAUAGGCAUGGCUUUAUCUGCUAUUGUUUUUCUUGCCUCGACAUUAGUUUCUGUUUCAAAUACUGCCAUUCUUUCGCAUGAUCAUUGCGAUUCUUUACCAGAUAUCCAAUUUCUUAACAGAUCUGAAGUUCAUACAGAAUUAAAUGCUGCGUUUAGUAAUGCCAAAGAAUCAAUAACUAUUAUUUUAACGUCAUAUAUUCUCGAUGAAGAGUUACAACUUUUGAAAACCAUUGAUCAAAAUAAAAUCAAGACAGAAGUCAUUUUAGGCAACGACGAUAAUCUAGAAUCAAAACUAAGAGACAACGGAUUCAAAAAUUUAGUUAAACCAGGUUCUAUUAAAAAUACUCUUGAUUUAAACGCAAUUCGUGUCGAUAAUACCAUAUAUUUACUACCAGAUUAUUUCAUUGGAAACAAAACCGAAGGAAUUCCUUCUACAUCUAUGAUACAAAGGAUAAAAAUUGAAAAUUGCCAACCAUUAUACGACGAUUUCAUUUCUUUUCUCGAUUUUUACAAGUUACAAAUCGAAGGAUCAAGUAGAUACAAAGAAUCCUACAGCCAAUCAUUAAUUGCUCAUUCAUCUGCAGUAAGACCAACAAUUGUCGGUGAAUCUUCAGUUUACGCGUUCCAUUCAUCGAUGUCGCAGAUGCCAUUUAGGAUUAGUGCCCAUGACGUAAUCAACAGAUCCCUAAAUACUGAUAUUGACGCUGUUCCAAAAAAAUUAUGGUUAUAUUCAACACAAUUCCCUAGUAUUCCACAAGAAGAGCGUAUUAAAAACAUAGGAAGCCCAGAUGUAUUCCUUCUCCUCAAAGCCCUUCAAUUUCUCAAUCAAACUGACAUGAAAUACUUAAUUUUCAAAGAUGCGCCAAGAUUAGUAGGCGCUGAUGACUAUCCGAGUGUAGAAGUAAGAACACUAAGCUCUGAGAACAAUGGCCCUUCAUUUAUGGUCUUGGAUGAUGAAAUUUUCUUCUUCGGACACGAUAUCAGUUAUAUUGAAGGAGAUUUGCUAUCGUACAACCUCAGAAUUAACGAUAAAACAAUACAAAACAAGACAAUUGAAUUCUUUAACUCAAUUUGGGCGAAAAGUCCUCAUAUUAACAAAAGUGAUUAA